AUGGCUUCGAAUACUAGGGAGUAUACCCAUGGCAAGACGAACGGCGCCGGGACCGCCGUCGUCAUGAUGAACAUGGGUGGUCCAUCAACAAUCCCAGAGGUCUACGACUUCCUGCGGAGACUGUUCAGUGACGGAGAUCUGAUCCCUCUGGGUCGCCUGCAAAAGUGGAUGGGCCCGGUAAUUGCAAGGAGACGAACACCUUCAAUCGAGAAGGCGUAUGAGAGCAUCGGCGGUGGCUCACCUAUCCGAAAGUGGAGUGAGUUGCAAGGUAGAGAAAUGUGCAAAAUCCUCGACGAAAUCUCUCCCGCCACCGGUCCUCACAAACCCUACGUCGCAUUCCGCUACGCCGCUCCCCUCACCGAAGACACCCUCGCCCAAAUGAAAACCGACGGAAUCACCCGCGCCGUCGCAUUCACCCAAUACCCCCAAUGGUCCUGCUCAACAACCGGCUCCUCUCUCAACGAACUCCACCGUCAACUCAAGAAGUUCGACCCAGAAAACACCAUCGAAUGGUCCGUCCUCGACCGCUGGCCAACUGACACCGGCCUCGUCAAGACUUUCGCCCAGCAUAUCCGCGACUCCCUCGCAACUUAUCCCGAAGCCGAUCGGAAAGAUGUCGUGAUUCUCUUCUCUGCACACUCCCUUCCCAUGUCCGUCAUUAACCGCGGUGACCCAUACCCGCACGAAGUCGCCGCGACUGUGAACGCAGUCAUGAAGGAACUUAACUUCAGCAACCCAUACCGUCUCGUAUGGCAAUCACAAGUCGGUCCAUCUGCAUGGCUGGGCCCACAGACUCAGGACGCUAUCCAAGGCUACGUCGCUAAAUCCCAACCAAACCUCCUUCUCGUCCCUAUCGCUUUCACUUCUGACCACAUCGAGACUCUCCACGAGCUCGAGGAGUACAUCGAGGAAGCACAUGCGAAGGGUGCAAAGGGCGUCAAGCGUGUUGAGAGUUUGAAUGGUGAUAUGGGCUUCAUUAAGGGUAUGGCGAAUUUGAUGAAGAAGCAUCUGGAGGAGGGGGGAAGUGGAUCCAGACAGAUGUCGUUGAGGUGCCCUGGGUGUGUCAACGCCAAGUGUGAGGCGAGAAAUGAGUGGCAUUGUCACUGUCCUUACCACUUUGCCUCCAACCUCCCCGCCCAAUCCGCACGAAUAGGUCUGUACGCCCUCACCUCUCCCGCGACCCUACUCCUCAAAUGGACCGUCCCUUUCUGUACCUUCCUCACACCUCCAACAUUCUGCUCCAACACCUCGCAUAUUCCAGUAUUCGGAUCAUACCUCGUCACCACACUCGUAUGA